AUGAAUACGUUUUCAUAUAGAUAGAAGAUCAAUCCUGGAAGAGAUCUUAAAUUAUUAAGUCAAGAUUGGGUUUUUGUAAAAAAGUAGCAAAAAACUGAAUUUCAUUCUUAAAACAACUCUCUUGGGAUAAGUCAAAAAACAGAUCAUCCAGUAUCAAUUCACUAAAAUUCAUUUUCAGAGCUCAGAUUUUAAGAAAGGUCGACUGUAAUUCCUUUUUUGAACGGAUAAUAAACUUUUUACACAGGAAUUAGAGAUUACUCAAAUGAGAAUAUUAAAUCAUAAAGAAAUGGAUAAAAUUAGAGCAUAGAGAAUUUUAAUUUAACAUAAAUCAUGAGCUUAUCUUUGAAUAAACAAAAUCGCUCAGGAGUUAACAAUAAUUCAAUAAUUUCUUAGGGAACAGGUGGCUUUAACUCAAUUCAGCUUAAAAGCCCCUACAAAAGAACUAUAAAAUCAUCAAGAGAAUCUACAGAUAAAUGCUCAGUGAUCAACUCAAUUAAUAAAUUUUAAAUGAAAGAUAACAAACCAAAGAAAAUUUUAAAAAAACUAAACUAAACUGUAGAUAUUGGCCAAAUAGACAGCAAUUAUGAUUCAAUGGACUUUGCUAAUAAUAUGCUUUCCAGUAUGCAUUUUAUUCCUCAACAGACUUCUGACUCUACUGCUUAAGGAUAUAGUACUGAUAAGAAGAAUCAGAGGAGGAGCAGUCUAUUUAAAAAUUCUAAAAGAAAAUCUAAAUUAAAUAAUAAUCUAUCUGCGUCUUUUAUAUUGACUUCUAAUGUAUCACAUGACAGCAAAUAGUAAGCAAGAAAUACUUAAAAAACAAAAGAUCAUUGUGAAAAAGAAUAAAACGAAAUACAAAAAUGGACAGAGCAAACUGCAAUCUUCGUAAAUGAAAAGCAAACACUUGAAAAUGAAAAACUUCCUUAAACUACUAUGGAAAAGAGUGAAGUACAAGCUAUUAUAGAUGGUCUCUUUCAAGAGAUCGAAGAAAGAGAUAAAGACAAGUCUUUAGAGUUAGAAAUUAUGGAAAAAUACAAAAAGUAAAAAAACGAAAGAUUAGCCAAGAGCUAGCAAGAUGCUAAAAUACAGAGAAUAAAUAACACAAAUAUUGUGCUAAGCUAUUCUAGAGGAAAAGACAUUUAAAGUAAUGCAAAUGGGUUUUAGAUGAGUAAGUAUUUGUACAAUUAAAAAUAUGGCCACUAUAAAUGCAUCCCUUAAAGCUACAACACAGAGCUGAUUCCAACUUAGGACUAGUUGAUUGCUUAGCAAUUAAACAAACCUGACUAUACUGUUUAAGAAUUAAAAGAUAUUCCUUUCAAAAGUAUUUACAAUCCUGAAAUCGAUGAAAGUAAAAAAUAUUUAUCAGCUGUACGAAUAAGUGAAAGAGAGCAGUAUUAGCUAAAAGUACCUGCCUCUAAGCUAAUGAGAGAAGUGCUUAAAAAGUAUGAUAAAGAUAAAAAUUUUGUGGUCUAAAAUGUAGAAUAGUAAGAUAAUUAAAAUAUUAUUCAAGAAGUUUAUGGGGAUUUUCUGUAAAAUCCUGCAAAAAGAUUGAACAUUUCAAAAAUAAAAGAAAAUUAACUCAUCCAAAAUAACCUCUAUGAUAGCAGAUACGUUAAACCUUUUGUUAUUGAAGAAGAAAAUACUUCAGAAGGAAAUAGAUAUACAAAUAAUUCUCAUAACACAGAAGUUUUAUCACCACGUAAAAAAGAAAUUUCAAAUUUUGCCAAAGCAGCUAAGCAGCAAGAAAGCUAAAGAAGUUAAUCCCCGCCAGAAAGUAAUUAAUAAUGCUAAAAUAUUCCAAGAAUUGUUAGCGGUUUAAAUUCCCCAAUCACUCAAAGAAAUAGAAAUAAUAUAACUAAUUAUAAUACUUCAAAUAACUCAUACAAUUUUAGUAACUUUGUUCAACCUCAAAAAUCUAUAUUUUCGCCUCAAUCGUCUAUUCAAGUGUAGCAAUCUCCAGAAGGAAGAAUAACCCCUCUAAGAUUUAAAAGAAACCCAUUCGAUGUAAGCAUUUAAAGCCCUCAAGCUCCUCUAAGUCGUCCUUUACCAAAGAAAAAAAAGAUACAAGUAAAAACAAAUAUAAACGAAGUUGGAAAAAUUAACGAAGCUAGAAUUUCUUCACCUUUUGUAAAAGUUUCUGACUGUGAAAGAGGAAUGAAACAAAAUGCCAGCACAGAUAGACAAAAAUUCUAUGACUCUUGGUAUAGUCCUCCUAAUUUAAGACAACAAAACUUAGAUAGACACUUGCAAAAAUAUAUAAAUAACGAAUAAUAUCAAAAAAAAUUGGUUUAACAAUACAUUCUUCUCAAAUCCAAUGGAAACACUGAUCCUAUUUAGUAAACAUAACCAAAAAAAUCUUUAAACUAACCAAUAAAAAAUUGA